AGCAUCAUCAAAUUGCCGACACCUGUUGUCGAACAAAAAAAACGGUAGAGUCGAGUUAAAAGUUAAAAUCUGUAUGUUAAAGCUACAAAAUAAGACAAUGGCAGAGUUUUGAACUUGUUCUAAUUGUCAAACAACUUUAAAAGUGGAGCGAGGGGCCAGUUGGUGAAGACAUUGCGUGUUUAACGUUAGGUCCUGGAACUAAAAACGUCCAGAUUGUGAUGAUUCACUUUCCAUUGACGUUAAAGUUAGCCAACGUUAAUGUUAGCUAGCUAGCUAGCUAACUAGAUUCAAAACAUCAACAAACAAAGAGUUUUCACGAGUCAAAUCUUAAAUAUUUGCCCCUAAACUCAACAAUGGAGAUGAUGAAGUGUGUGAGCCACCAGCAGGCCAGCCAGCUGCUCCAUAACAAGUUCAUUGUGGUGAUGGGAGACUCCAUUCAGAGGUCUGUGUACAAGGACCUUGUUGUGCUGUUGCAGAAGGACAAGUAUCUCACUGCAAAACAACUCAGGAGCAAGGGUGAGAUGAGCUUUGAACAGGACUGCCUGGUGGAAGGAGGUUGCCUAAAUCAAAUGCACAAUGGAACGGGGUACCGGGAGGUUCGGCAGUUUCAGUCCGCCCACCACCUCGUACGCUUCUACUUUGUGACGCGCGUCUACUCUGGCUACAUGCAGAGCAUCCUAGAAGACUUCCGCCAAGGCUUGAAACCUGAUGUAGUAAUUCUCAACUCCUGCGUUUGGGAUAUCUCAAGAUACAACUCCAGUUGGCUUGAUAACUACAAGGAGAACCUACAUAAGUUAUUUGAUGAGCUGAAAGUGACUCUGCCAAAGGAAACCCUGGUCGUAUGGAACCUCACCAUGCCCUUAGGAGAGAGGAUUAAAGGUGGUUUCCUGGUCCCAGAGAUCGAGCACAAGGUUCCCCAGCUGCGUUAUGAUGUGAUUGAAGCCAACUUCUACAGCGGGACUCUGGCUGACGCCUACGGGAUGGAUGUGUUGGACCUUCACUUUCAGUUCCGCUUCUCCCUGCACCAUCGUACGAAUGACGGCGUCCACUGGAACGCCCUUGCACACCGCAAGAUAACCUCUCUGCUGUUACAGCACUCUGCACAGGCCUGGGGGGUUACUAUGCCCUGUCCACUGACUGCUGUUGAUCAUGCUGAGGUUACUGCUCAGCAGGCAGCCAAUGCAAAUGCUACCAAACCUGCAGAGCGACACCCAUCAAAGGGAAAUUACAACAGCUAUGACGGCUACAGGGAGGAGUUCUUCAGUGAUAACCCCUCUUUUGGUUACUUCAACUUUGAGAAUUACCCACAGCCACAUACUUCAUACCAUGAGACCAGACGGGUUAGAAAUGGUUUCGACUACAAGCCUCCCCACCACUUUGAGCCCUACGACGAGCACCAUCAUCAGGACGUGAUGAAGAGCCGCCAUGCCAGGCGCCACUAUGCUCCGUACACCCAUCACAGACCCAGAUUGAACAACCACAAUGGUGGCUUCUACUGAGGCAGGGAGUUUUUACAAGAUUCAGAUAUGGUCAAUUUCCAUUUAUCUACUGCAGACUCUUGCCUCACCUGCAGUACAUUGUUUCACAACAGUCCCAUUUGUCUGUGAAGGUUCUAAGUCGUCCAGGUCAUGGUAGUUCUGUGAUAAGCAAAGGCAACUGGGCUUGCUAGAAAUUCUCUCAUCCAAAAGGCUUCUUCAAAUCUGACUAGUGGGGAGUUCCAGAUAUUUACACACAACCCACCAGAGGUAUCUGGAACUCACUAAUAGUCAGUCCGGAUCAUGGAUGUAUUGGUCAGAUUUAAAGAAGCCUUUUGGAUGAGAGCCGUCUUGAAGAAUUUCUAGCAAGUCCAGUUGCCUUUGCUUAUCACAGAACCGUCCCAUUUGUUCAACACCGAACUAUACAUGCUCGUAACCAGGAGCCAACAUGAAUCCUCAAAUGGCUUAGUUCACGCUCAAGACUGUUAAUGACCUCACAUUCACAUAUUGGUCCUUUUUUCUUUUAAUUUUUUUUUUUUUUUCUUUUUUAGUAUGUUCUUUGCCACCAAAAAUUUAUUUGCAAUAUUUUACAUUUCAAAGCCUUUUUAAUUCUGCACUUUAAAUGUCCGUUGAUGUUUUCUAUUCAAGUUGAUGCUAAGAUUUCAAGUGUUGUUGUUUUUUUUUUUAUUUUAUUUUGUUUUAACAUGAAUCCUUUAUUAAAGUUCUAAAUUAAUGAUCCUUCUGAAUCUUCUCAAUGUCCCACACGGAUCAAGUAUGGUAUAAAGAUUUAGUUUCCUUUAAGCCUUACAGGUGCUGUACUUGAUAUUCUGAACCUUUUUUAAUAUAGCGGAGGAAUUGCAUCCUGUGUGUGUGUGUCUGUCUCCACUUGUUUUCUGAAUAUCGAGUAGAGCCUCUCAAAACAUUUACAAUGUAAUUCUUGUUCAUCACUUAGAUGAACACUGAUUAGGAAACAAGUGUGAGACAUAUGGAGAGAGAGAAGCUCUGGCGUUUGCCCAGGCCUGUUAAGAUGUAAAUCAACCUGUGCUGUGGCACUUUAGAGGACAUGUUCCACAUGUUAUACCAAGUUCUGGUUGUUACACUAUUAAUGUAUUCAUUUAAUAAAAUGAACUCCAUAACAAUA